GGUGAAGUGUGAAGAGGAAGGCGGGGAGGAACUUCAUCGAGUGAGGUGCAAUUAAGCUUCGAAAAGUCGUUCCGAAGAACGCGCUAAUCCGAAAAGGGAAACCUGGACAGGCAGGCACGAGCGCGUCCCAUCGCGACUUCCUGACUACACAGCACUGGUACACUUCUCCCACCCAGACACUUUCACGACAACGACCCGUCGACAUCUACGCACCCUCCCUUGUUACCCAAUUCAAUUGUCACGCCCUCUUUGCUCCAAUGGCCAGCCUCGAGGCUCUGAUGCUCCAGGGGCCCGGCCACAACGUGGAAGACAAGCUGAAGGACCUUCGAAAGCACAUCCUCCUCGACGGCAUCCCAGCCAACAGCGAGGGCAGGUCCGAGGUCCGCAUCUACGCCUGGCUCAUCCUCCUCAACGUUCCCCCCCUCAGCACCGACGUCUACCUCGACCUCGUCCGCCAGGGCGCAUCCCCCGCCCACGCAAAGAUCCAGAACGACGCCUUCCGCACCUUCCAGGGCGACCCGCUCUUCCGCCGCCGCGUCACCCAGAACAGCAUCACCCGCGUCCUCAACGCCGUCGCCUGGCGCCUCAACGACGCCCACGAGGCCCGCGUCAACGGCUGGAUGUCGCCUCCCACCCUGUCUGAAUUCGGCGGCAGCCCAGAUACCUCGCUGCUCUCGCGCACCUCGCUCACGACGACGACGGGCGGCGGCCUGACCGAAGCCUCGACCACGACCGACGCCGAGCAGAUUGGCUACGUCCAGGGCAUGAAUGUCCUCUGCGGGCCCUUCCUCUACGCCGCCCGCAGCGAGGUCGAGGCUUUUGCCGCUUUUGAGAAGCUCAUCACGCGCGAACUGCCGGGUUACGUCCGGGGCUCCAUGGAGGGCGUCCACAAGGGCCUGGCCCUCGUCGACCGCGUCCUGCAAGAGUGCGACCCCCGUCUCUACCAACACCUCAUGUCCCACCGUCUCGAGGCGCGCAUCUACGCCUUCCCCUCUGUCCUCACCCUCUGCGCCUGCACCCCGCGACUCCCUGACGUCCUCCAGCUGUGGGAUUUCCUCUUCGCAUACGGGCCCCAUUUGAAUAUCUUGUGCAUCGUCGCGCAGCUCAUUCUGAUACGUGACGAGUUGCUGCAGAGCUCCAGUCCCAAUCAGAUCCUGCGCAACCUCCCCAGCCUCAAUGCCAAGGCCACCAUUUCUCAGGCCGUCCGGCUGGCCGCGAGUAUCCCCGACGACUUGUACGACGAGAUUGUCAACCAUGCAAAGUAGGCAGGGGCUAUUUGCCUGGGACAUUCAGGAGUCCUUGAGCCAUGUUUCACGAUACCCACACGAAAAAAUUUUGAUGUGUUACGAAGUUACGAAUAAUGAUGAUUUUCCAGCAGGGCGUUUUUGUUUGCACAGGGCUGCGAGGUCCUCAUGUUGGUCCACUAGAUACCUCCCCGGGAUAUUUGAAUACAAAGACCUAUUUCAAAAGAAAGAGUCAUCCCUCAUUAUCAUUAUCACUCCUAUCCACCCACCAUUCAUAUAUACCGUCCAACACUAGCAAACAUUGACAAGAUCAAGCAGGCACAUGUACAAAUG